AUGGAAGACGCAGGUUUCGUUUCUCAGCGCCAAGUCUCUCUCACGUCAACCAUCGCAUGUCAUCACAAUUUCAUACACCACUUAUCGAAGAAUACGAUAUCAACUGCACACAACAAACUCUCACUCCACCAUCUAUCAAUGGUGCCGGGUCUCCAGCAGAUACUUCUCAAUUUCCUGUUGUCUGGUCAAGUUUUCUCUUGUGGCCUCGUUGCGCCGGGGCUUGAGGCGUUGUACAUGGACACCACUGGCACUCUUCACGUAAGUGUAGGCCGAGAUGCAGAGGAGGUACUGAAUUCUCACUGCAUGACUCGAGUGUCUCCGCCGAUGCAGCUUUUUACAUCGGAUAGUCCAAGACCUUCGAGCAGUCAGGCUGUCGGAUUCUCGACUUGGUGUAGCUCCAAGCUCUUUUUCCGUCUGCGGAUGUACCAGUUUACACUCUUCCAUUCACGCUCACACACUCCAUGUGAUUGGACGUGCAGAUCACCACGCGUCUAA